CCGCGUCGGGCUGCGAGCGCUGCGCUCCGAGAGAAACCCCUCGCAGUGGAUGCAGCAGCAGCAGCAAAAGCGGCAGGGAGGACGACGACGACGAAGAAGGCAAAGGCUUCCCCCUUCUCCGCCUCUCCUCUUCAUGACGGGCUCUCCCUCCUCCUCCUCCUCUUUCCUCUUCGCUUCCCUCUGCAUCUGUCGGGGCAACUUUUACUUUCCCGACUCUGGCAGCCCUUGAAGAUGGCAGUCCUGGGCAGGUCCAUCCUCAGCCGCAGCCCUCGAGCCGGGAGAUAAAAGAGGCUCUCGCAUCCUCCCCAAAGAUUGAAAUCACGCACUUGCACAAGCUUAGUAAGAGCACUGAAAUCAAGACUACGGUUUCCAAGAUCUGAUCUCCCCAUAUCCCUUUCUCAUAUCUUCCUUCAGCAGCAAUGAGUUCCACAACACAACCAGAUGGAGUUUCAGGACGUGACCAGCUCUUGGCUCAGCAAAGAAUGCACAGCAUGAUCAGCUCAGGGGAUGUGAAAUCAGAAGUUCCCGUGGGCUUAGAACCUAUCACACCAUUAGAUUUGCGAACAGAUCUCAGGAUGAUGGUUCCUAUGGUGGACCCACUGUUGCGUGAGAAGCAGCUGCAGCAGGAGCUCCUCUUGAUUCAGCAGCAGCAGCAAAUUCAGAAGCAGCUCCUGAUAGCAGAAUUUCAGAAACAGCAUGAGAACCUCACACGACAGCACCAAGCUCAAAUCCAGGAGCACAUAAAGUUACAACAGGAACUCUUAGCCAUUAAGCAACAACAAGAACUCCUUGAGAAAGAGCAGAAACUAGAACAACAGCGGCAAGAACAGGAAUUGGAGAGACAUCGGCGGGAGCAGCUACCUCCAAUCAGGAGCAAAGAAAGGAGUCGAGAAAGAGCAGUGGCCAGUACAGAGGUGAAGCAGAAACUUCAAGAGUUUCUACUGAGUAAAUCAGCAACAAAAGAUCCUACAACCAAUGGGAAGAAUCAUUCCAUUAGUCGGCAUCCCAAGCUUUGGUACACGGCUGCUCACCAUACUUCACUAGAUCAAAGUUCUCCACCUUUAAGUGGAACUUCUCCUUCUUACAAAUACCCAUUACCAGGAGCACAAGAUGCCAAGGAUGAUUUCCCUCUCCGCAAAACUGCCUCAGAGCCCAACUUGAAAGUUCGCUCCAGAUUAAAACAAAAGGUAACAGAAAGGAGAAGCAGUCCCUUACUCAGAAGGAAGGAUGGGAUGGUGGUCUGCUCUUUCAAGAAAAGAUUAUUUGAGGUGACAGAAUCAUCAGUCAGUAGCAGUUCCCCAGGAUCAGGUCCCAGUUCACCAAAUAAUGGUCCUACUGGAAAUACAGAUAAGGAAACCUCAGUGUUGACAUCUAAUUCCCAAACUGAGCAUUUGGUUCCACAGCAACAUGUUCUUAUCAAUGAAGAAUCAAUGAAUUUGUUGAGUCUCUACACAUCUCCUUCUUUGCCAAACAUCACUUUAGGACUUCCAGCAGUACAACCACCACUCAGUGCAUCUUCACCAUUCAGAGAAAAACAGAAAUGUGAGACCCAAGCAAUCAGGCAAGGAGUGAUCUUGCCUGGGCAGUACAGGGGAAGCAUGUCGCCUUCAGCCCCUCAGCCUGUCAUCCUAGAAGGGAAGCCAAACAGCAGUCAUCAGGCCCUUCUCCAGCAUUUGUUAUUGAAGGAACAAAUGAGGCAGCAAAAGCUUCUGGGUACAGGUACAGUCCCUCUUCAUCCUCAGUCACCACUGGCAACAAAAGAAAGAGUCUCACCCAGCCUAAGAGUUGCACAUAAAUUGCCUCGACAUCGGCCUCUAAAUCGAACUCAGUCAGCUCCACUGCCACAGAGUACCUUGGCUCAACUAGUAAUUCAACAACAGCAUCAACAGUUUCUGGAGAAGCAAAAACAGUACCAACAGCAGAUCCACAUGAACAAAAUGCUUUCUAAAUCUAUUGAACAGUUAAAACAACCAGGCAGUUUAGAAGAAGCUGAAGAAGAACUUCAUGGAGAACAUUCUAUGGUGGAAGAAAGAGCUCCGUCUGUUGCAAGCAGCACAAAGGAUGACAGCAGUAAUAGCUAUUUGGACGACAGACUGGGACAGCCUUUGACGGCUGUGAAGGUGAAAGAAGAACCACAGGACAGUGAUGAAGAUAUUCAAACUCAACAAAUGGAAUCUGGGGAGAAAGCAGCUUUUAUUCAACAGCAGGAGAUCCUGGAGCAUCAGCGUAUCCAGCAGUUGGAAACAUACCGGGCUCAGAUGGCUGCAUUUGGCAUGACACAAUCCAACAAACGUCAGCCUAUUGCCAGGACACAGUCUUCCCCAGCUACUUCUGCACUGCCUUAUCCAGCAGUGGAUCAGCCCAUGCCACAUACCCGCAUGACUGGUAUUGCGUAUGACGCCCUCAUGUUGAAACACCAGUGUAUGUGUGGCGGUUACAGCAACCAUCCAGAACAUGCGGGAAGAAUACAGAGCAUCUGGUCAAGGCUGCAAGAAAGUGGGUUGCUAAACAAGUGUGAGCGGAUCCGAGGUCGAAAAGCCAGUUUGGAAGAAAUACAGCUGGUCCAUUCUGAACAUCAUUCAUUGCUGUAUGGCACCAUUUCCCUGAACAGACAGAAGCUGGACCCCAGGAAAAUCCUAGGAGGUGUGCCUCAAAAACUCUUUUCAUUGCUGCCCUGUGGAGGACUUGGGGUGGACAGUGACACCAUUUGGAAUGAGCUGCAUUCGUCCGGUGCUGCACGCAUGGCUGUUGGCUGUGUCAUCGAACUGGCUUCCAAAGUGGCCUCAGGAGAGCUGAAGAACGGUUUUGCUGUUGUAAGGCCCCCGGGCCAUCAUGCUGAAGAAUCAACAGCCAUGGGGUUCUGCUAUUUUAAUUCGGUUGCAAUUACUGCCAAAUACUUGAGAGACAAGCUAAAUAUAGGCAAGAUAUUGAUUGUAGAUCUGGAUGUUCACCAUGGAAACGGUACACAGCAGGCUUUUUAUGCUGACCCCAACAUCCUGUACGUCUCCCUCCACCGCUAUGAUGAAGGCAACUUCUUCCCUGGCAGUGGAGCCCCAAAUGAGGUUGGAAGUGGCCCUGGUGAAGGUUAUAAUAUAAAUAUUGCUUGGACAGGUGGCCUGGAUCCCCCCAUGGGAGAUGUAGAGUACCUCACAGCAUACAGGACUGUGAUCAUGCCAAUUGCCUCUGAGUUUGAGCCAGACUUUGUCUUAGUAUCUGCUGGUUUUGAUGCUAUUGAAGGCCAUGAUCCUCCCUUGGGCGGAUACAAAGUGACAGCCAAAUGUUUUGGUCACCUCAUCAAACAAUUAUUGAAACUAGCUGAUGGUCACUUGGUGCUGGCCUUGGAAGGAGGACAUGACCUUACUGCCAUCUGCGAUGCGUCAGAAGCCUGCCUCAAUGCUCUGCUAGAAAAUGAGCUGGAACCACUCUCUGAAGAUACCCUCCAUCAAGCCCCUAAUGCGAAUGCAAUGGUGUCCUUGCAGAAGAUCACAGAAAUUCACAGCAAGUACUGGAAGUCUGUGGAGCCUUAUGCUGUGCCAGUUAGCUGUAAAUUGGCAGACAGUCAGAAACAAGAGAGAGAAGAGACAGAGGCAGUCUCAGCUAUGGCCUUACUCUCAGUGGAUGUUGAGCAGUCUUUUCCACAAGAACACAGCAGAGCUGCUGGCGAGCCCAUGGAAGAAGAGCCAGCCUUGUGAAGUGCCAAGUUCUCCAUGAUAUUUCCUAAAAAAAUUAUGGAAGAGAUGAAUGGCACUGGAAUCAAGAUAUAGGUGGAAGGAGGUAAGAACAAAUGCUUUUCCUGUUGCACUAUAUCCCCACUGAAACUCCCCUCUCUCUCCAAAACAGUUCUUAUCUGACCUGUUAAUGGGGUUUACAUGUGUUAUUUCUUAAAACUAAGCAUUAUAUUUUCAUGCCCAUUUUUUUAACAAAUAGUAUUCAACCUGGUAGAAGCAGGUGUGAAAAAGUCACCUGGCAGACACUAAUGGACUUGGUAUAAUGAAUGUGACUUUUCACUAACAGUUCUAUUUUUUAAAAGAGAUUGUGAUGAGUUGGAAUAGGAAUACUGCUCAAGACAUCCUAGUCCUAAAUUCACUCAGGUCGCUUUCCAAAGCCUGAGGUCCUUUCAGGCUGCACAAUUAUAGCACAGUAUGUGUGCGUGUGCCUCCAAACUGCCUGUCAACUUAUCAGGACCCCAUGAAUUUAAAAGGGUUUUCUUAGUGUUAGUCAAAGUGGCAGGCAGAAAAUAAGCUUGUUUCAUCUUCAAUAUGACAUCUUUUCAAAUAUUAAACAUGGCAAUCAUGUCACUGCUUAACUUUCUCUUCUCCAAGCUCAAAUUAUCCAUUCCUACAAUAAGGCAUGGUUUCCAGUCCUUCUCAAGGAGCUACAUUAAAAAUAUGGGAUUUUUGGAAUGUUGUUCAGUCUAAAAAAGGAGACUUUCCAGACCUCAAAUAAAGGAUAUCCUUUAUAAUAUGAGGCAUAUGCCAGUCCUAUCUGGAGAUGGGAACAGUAUCGCAACAUUCAAAAAAGUGAAAACUUUGCUUACAUUCCAUUCUAUGCAUUAGUCCAGGGGACAAGUUCAUUUCAUAAUUCAAAAAGUUUGAAUUCCCCAAAUAUUCCCAUUCUUGACCUUGCUAGUAAGAUGUAAAUAGUAAUAAUAAAACUGUCCCUUGGGCUCAAUUUGGCCAAAAGUGCUUUUGGCUCAGUCUGUAAUUUGGCUAAAAUUUAUUUUAGGAAUCAAAGGAAUAUAUUGCCACAUAUCUUCAAAUUGUUUCCAAUUUAUGGAAGGCCUAAGACAAACCUUUCAUUUUAUUUUCUUGGCAAGAAAAAGCCAGUGUGGUGCAGUGCCUUGGAUUACAACUCUGGAGACCAGGAUUCGAAUCCCUGCUUAGUUUUGGGAACCCACUGGAUGACACCCUCUCAGGCUCAGAAGAAGGUGAAAGUUUGGCCUCUCUGGAACAAGCCUUGCCAAGAAAACUGAAUAUAACUCUGUGAAAAUGACUUCCAUGCAUAGGAUUGAUUUGCCUAUUUCAUUUAAAACAAUAGAAAGUGGUUAGUCAAAAGUAAUUGAUUUCAUUGAAUUGAAAGGGAAAUUGUAAUGAGUAAUUUUUGCUGGAUCGUGGCAUCUAUAUUUAACUAAUGGACAAAAUGUUGAGAAAUGGGGAGAGGUAUCUUUCGUAGUUGAAAUCUCUUUUGAAUACAUCAUUUCAUGCUGUUAUAACAGUACUUUCAAAUCCUACAGAGGCAAUAUCUAAACAUGCAAAAUGUGCCACCAUUAGCAACAAGAAGAAUAUGUACAUAACAGGACUGUUUCCGUGUAAACACCUAUGUUUAAAGGGAGAGAGAAUUCUUUUCAAAGUACUACUGCUGCAUUAGGUGGCAGCAAAUUCGUCAGUGUCAAACUGCAGAGACAGAUUUUUCUCUUCAUUUAACAAGGUCUUCCUAAUAGUAUUUAUUGCAUUCCAGGCUGACAUGAACAUCUGCAGUAGCAGAGUCAUAUCCACCAGAUCCAAAUUUAGCAAAGGCUGAUGAGUGACCAUAGUUUUUAAUGCAGUAGAAAGUGGCUAUGAUGCGUACAUGGGUUUCGUUUUUAUUAUUUGUUUGGAGGGGAUUGGGAACUCAACAGGAAACCCAUCAGAUCAUGCAUAGCAAUGUCUCAUUUUAAACUGCUUCUGAUUUGGGAUAGAAGAGAUCAGUUACUCCAGAUAGGGAAGAUUGAGUCAAAACAGGUGCUGGGCUAAUAUUCCAUAGCUUGUCAAGGUCUUAAUGCAAAACUAGAUGUGGGAGUGAGGUAGGGCAUUGCAAGACACUGUGAGAGACUCUAGAAUGGUUAUAACCAUGAUACAGCCACCUGCCCAGUGUCCCACCAGUGUUGAAAGGGGCUUAAAACUGAUAGUAAUAGACUCAUAGUAGAGUUUAGGAGUAUAGUGGGUCUUUGGUAUCUGCUGGGGUUGGUUCCAGAACCUCCUAUGGAUAACAAAAUACAUGGGUGCUCAAGUCCUAGAAUAUGCAGUGACUGCCAAGGCAUAGAUGACUGGAUCUACGAAUACAAAAUCCAUGGGUAUGAAGGGCCAACUGUAAUUCCUUAAAUAUUAUUUUGUUCCCUUGAGUUCCUCAAAAUGCUCAACCUUGUUUUUAAAAGUUGACAUUUGCAUUGAAAAACAACAUUGGCCAUUGAAAGGAAAAUUUCUCAGCACAGAUUUGACCAUGGACAGGAGGACAAGAGUUAAUAACUUUUUCUUGGCUACUCCUCCAUCUUCCAAUUUCACUGGGUGACCUUGGGUAAGCCACACUCUCUCAGUCUCAAAGGAGGGCAAUGGCCUCUGAUAAAAUCUUGCCAAGUAAUCUUGCCAAGAAAAGUCUUUGAGAAGUUCAUAUAUGUUAGAGCUUUGAAGACACAUAACAACAAUUAUUAAAAGACCAGGCAUUUUCUGUCAAUUUGUCUUAAUCCCAAGGGUAAUUAAAUAUAUGUAUGCAUUCAGUGUAUUUUUAAUCAUCCACUGUCAAUCCCCUGAACAUGCUUAGGACCCUGAAACACUUUUGUGCAUGUUUGUGUCUGUGUGCUACUUUUAUUAUUGUUCCCUUCUUCAGGUCCAUAGGGAUUCUCUUCAGUGGUAAGUUCUCAUGUGUGCCAGUAGCAGCUUUCUUCCCAAACACUGUAGUUCCAGUUUUGACUGAUGUAGCAUAGCUGUUAUUUCUAAUAACUUUGACAAGAUCAAUUAUAUGCAUCUAAACACCAUGUACCAGGCCCUGUCUGAUCUUGGAAGCUAAGCAGAGAAAGUCCUGGUUUAUACCUGGAUGGAAAAUCAUCAAGGAAUUCCAGGUGCUGUAGGCUAUGGCAAAAAACCCCAUUCUUAAGAAAACGCUAUGAAAUGGGGUUGCCAUAAGUCAAGUGGUGACUUGAAGACUUGAAGGCACCUAGAGACACACACAAUCACAGAGUACAUGUAAGGAAGUUUGAAAAAGUCAUGGCCAAUAGAAAUGGCUUGAUCAACCAAAAUUAUUCUUAAAUGCCAAGGGUUUU